AUGGCGGAUGCUAUCAAGGAGGUGCCGCUCAAGGCGGUCCAAGUUGAGGCCCUGGUGGUGAUGAAAAUCGUCAAGCAUGGCUCUGCGACCUUCCCCACGACCGCUACCGGUGCCAUCGUUGGCAUGGACAACGAGGGCGUCCUCGAGAUCACCAACUCCUUCCAGUUCCCCACGGUCGACGUCGCCAACACCGACAGCCACCAGAACGACGCCUCUGCCCUCGCUGCCGCCGCUCCCCGCCAGAAGGCCAACAUCGCCUACCAGAACGAGAUGAUCAAGCACCUGAAGGAGGUCAACGUCGACGCCAACAACGUCGGCUGGUACACUUCUGCUGCCAUGGGCAACUUCGUCAACCUCAGCUUCAUCGAGAACCAGUUCCACUACCAGAAGGAGAACGAGCGCACCAUCGCUCUCGUCCACGACGUCAGCCGCAGCUCCCAGGGCUCCCUCAGCCUGCGCGCCUUCAAGCUUACCCCGACCUUCAUGGAGGCUUACAAGGAGAACAAGUUCACCACUGAGAGCCUGCAGAAGUCCAAGCUGUCCUUCAAGGACAUUCUCGCCGAGCUCCCUGUCGAAGUCCACAACACCCACCUCCUGACGUCCUUCCUGCACCAGCUCCCCCAGAUCCCCCAGCAGGACAAGAUCGAGCCCCCCACUUCUCUGUCGGACCUGCGCGAAGACCCCAUCAAGCAGCCGCUGCACCCCUCGGUGGACAACCUCGACCUGUCGAUAGACCCCUUCCUUGAGAAGACGUGCGACCUCCUGCUCGAGAGCAUCGAGUCGCACUACACCGACCUCAACAACUUCCAGUUCUACCAGCGCCAGCUCGGCCGUGAGCAGGCCAAGAUCACGCAGUGGCAGACCAAGCGCAAGGCGGAGAACGCGGCGCGCGCGGCGGCCAAGCAGACACCGCUGCCCGAGGAUGAGUGGCAGAGGCUGUUCAAGCUCCCCCAGGAGCCCAGCCGGUUGGAGGGCAUGCUCAACGCGAAGCAGGUGGAGCAGUACAGCAAGCAGGUGGACGGAUUCACGGCCAACAUCAGCGCCAAGAUGUUCGCCGUCAGGGAGAACCUGCUGCCCAAGCACGCUUAG